CACACCCCACCUCUGUCGACCAACACGCUGACACCAUGGACAACCAGGGCAUCAAGCUGGCGAAGGUGAACAAGGUGCUCGGCCGCACCGGUAACACCGGUAACGUGACCCAGGUCCGCGUGGAGUUCUUGGACGACCCUACCCGUUCGAUCAUCCGUAACGUCAAGGGCCCCGUCCGCGAGGGCGACAUCCUCUGCCUCCUGGAGUGGGAGCGCGAGGCCCGCCGUCUGAGAUAAGGCGCCCCAGCCUACGAGACGCUGAACCGCUCCAGCACAGUGACCGCAGUCAUGGGCCAGCAACCGCAGCAGUAGCAACAGAUGGGGGACGUUGUUCUCCUCGCUCAUUGCGCUUGAACGCGAAGCAUUUUUUGCAGAGCAGACAGCUGUAGCUUCGCUGCUGCCUUUCGUCUUCGCCCAGGAUGGGGACGAUGAGCGGGACGGGUUUGCUGUAGCUUUUCUGCCGCUCGGCGGUGAAUGCUGCCGUGCGCGAUUUGGUGUGAUGGUACAGCGAAUUGGUAGUACCGCGUACGGCUGUGCUACAGAGUUGGAAGGUGUCGGAGUGGGGCUUUGACCUCUGGCGUGGCUGUGGUGGGUUGCGCAUUUGAGUCGAGGGGAGGGGUGUGAGGGGCUCGGCUCUUUCUUGCCGUGCUUCCAGCACGUCUUCGGGAAUAAAAACUAAAGACAAGGUUGAUCUGAAUCAUCGAGGACCAUGCUUGCCGGGUGGCAGUUGAGACAGCUGGAUUAUUUGCACAGCUCUUGAGCAUUUGCUCAACUCUUCACCCUUGGUUUGGUGCCCCAUCCGGUGGUACCACUGCCGUGCUACCGUAGCCUGGGUUAAGAGCUACCGUGUGCAAUGGAAUGGCCCCAUCGUGACUUAUGCCGGCCAGGCUCCUCUGUAUCUCAAAAAAAAUUCUCGACACAUUUUCCCGUGUGCUGUAAUUUGUAAUUUGUUGGCAUUUCUACAUUUCUACGCGUACCUUGGCUGUUCUGAGAUUGCCAAGAUGGACACCAUCAGACGUGACACCCCCGAAGCCUCUUCGGCAGCUGCCAUAUGGUACAAAAGGGGGCCAAGUUGCUGCUUUGAAAUCCGGUUGCCCAAAGCAACUUCUUUGAGCUCUCUUUCUCAGUGGAUGGAUGUGUGUUGGCGUGGAUGAAGCCAACCAAUCAGAGCUCGACAUUUU